AUGAACCCGGAUGCGUGUGAUCCGCUGGCUCAUACGAGCAUGUACCAGCGGGCUGAAGAAGAUAGCGACGACAGCGAUGGAGAAGGAGGAUUGGGAAACGUGAGUCGCGUCAUCGUACGUCCGCCAGGUCACAGCGGAAAAGCAAAACGUGGCCACUUGUGCUUCGACGCAGCGUUUGAAACGGGCAACUUGGGGCGGGUAGAUCUGGUAGGAGAGUUCGAGUACGAUUUAUUUCUACGACCAGACACAUGUAACCCGCGGUACAGAUUUUGGUUCAACUUUACCGUGGAUAAUGUGAAGCAGGACCAGCGAGUCAUCUUUAACAUCGUCAAUAUUAACAAAAGCCGAAAUCUAUUCAAGGAUGGCAUGACACCGCUGGUCAAAUCCACUAGUCGUCCGAAAUGGCAACGGUUGCCUCGGUGUGAGGUGUUUUACUACAAAUCUCCGGUGCAUCAGAAUCAUUAUGUUCUCAGUUUUGCCUUCGGUUUCGAUAAGGAGGAUGAGGUCUACCAGUUCGCACUUACGUUCCCCUACUCAUACUCCAAGAUGCAGGCCUACCUAAACGCUGUUGAGCUCAAAUUUCCGGAGGCAUUCGAGCGAUCGACGUUGGGAAUGAGCAUCCAAAACCGCAAACUGGAGCUAAUCACAAUUGACGAUGUCAAGAAACCAGAUAAAGUAGAACCAAAGAAUAUCAUCCACAUGGUGGUUAUUGUGGCUCGCAUACACCCAGGAGAGUCACCUGCGUCGUACGUAGUGCAAGGAUUGAUUGAAUUUCUGGCCGCAGCAAACCAACCAAUCUCGAAAGCAUUACGCGAGCAUGUGGUAUUCAAAAUAGUACCCAUGCUCAACCCUGACGGUGUGUUCCUGGGUAAUAACAGGUGUAACGUGAUCGGUCACGAUUUGAACCGAUCAUGGAACAAACUGUCCCAGUACACACACCCAACCCUGUCGGCUGUGAUGAAGAUGCUGAAGGAAUACGAUAAUUCAAGCUGCUAUCAGGUGGAUUUUGUGAUCGAUAUCCACGCCCACUCGAGCCUGACCGGAACGUUCAUCUAUGGCAGUACAUACGACAAUGUGUACCGGUACGAGCGCCACUUGGUCUUCCCAAAGUUAUUCGCUACAAAGUGCGAGGACUUCUGCCAGGAGCACAUGAUGUUUAAUGCGGACGACCGAAAGUCCGGAACGGCUCGACGAUAUUUUGUCGAUGCGCUUAGUGAUAACGUCAAUACGUACACGCUGGAAGUUUCCAUGUGCGGAUAUUUUCUCAACGGGACUAACAUUCUCACGCAAUACACGGAGGAUGGAUAUAUGCGAAUCGGAAGAAACCUCGCUCGAACGUUUCUUGAGUAUUACCGAUUCACCAACAUCCUACCUAUACCGCCUGUAGAUGAGUUACGGCCCCGCAAAGGUCGUCCCAGAACACACCGUCCUCGGGCGCGUUCUAAAACACGUAGCGAAGUGCGUGUGCGGCCAAAAACAACCCGCGCCUAUGCACCCAUCAGCUACACCGAUCUGUCCAUCUGCUACGACAGUGCCACCUCUGACGACGGUUCUCCGGUGCGGUACAUGUACGGCCACGGACAUCCAGGGUACGGUGGGUUCCGAAUGCGCCCGCUCAUUCAUCAGGAUCAGUUUUCGCUGUCGAACAUUCAGGCGGCACGGUUUAGCAAUCUCGAUUUCACAAGCGACUUUCGGCUGAAGGUGCCCAAGCCCAAGGCCUCGCAAGAGCCAAAGAUGCCACCGAUCGAGAUGUUGAAUGUGCCACCGAAACCACACCUGACCAUUAUCGACUUCAACCAGCUGACCCGGGGCGGGCUCGAUGAAGCUACCGGAGGAAAAACGAUCGAUCGAGAGAAAGAAAAGAUCCGGCGCCUUACGUUAAAAUCUUCCUCACGAAAGGCCUAG